AUGCCGCGGGAAGUCGGAGACAUCAAGCAGUUCAUUGAGAUCUGCCGGCGUGAGGAUGCGUCCUCUGCUCGGAUCAAGAAGAGCAAGAAGACCAACGUGACCAAGUUCAAGGUCCGGUGCAAGCGUCACCUUUACACCCUGGUGCUUAAGGACUCCGACAAGGCCGACAAGCUCAAGCAGAGCCUCCCGCCGACCCUGACGUUGACCGAGGUCACCAAGAAGGAGAAGAAGACGGCAUAG